AUGGCAUCAGUCAAUAUCCCAGUUUUAGGAGGCAAUAAAAUCGAAGUUGUAUCAGAAAGAAGAGAUUGUGCUACUUUUAUUAUGACUGAAGAAGAUCACACUAUUGGUAACUCUUUACAUUAUGUUUUAAUGAAAAAUCCAAAGGUUGAUUUCUCAGGUUACAGUAUUCCACAUCCAUCAGAUAAUAAACUCAAUUUACGUAUUCAAACAAAGGGAGAAACAUCAGCACAAGACGCAAUUUUAACAGGUUUAAAUGAUAUCAAAGAUAUUGGUAAACAUAUUUUAGAAACUUUUAAUGAUGCUGUCAACUAA